GUUGGUUUCAUGCUCAGUUUAUUUUGUUACAUUCUUAACAAGACAUCGAAAUAAAAUACUUAAAUUGUUGCGUUUUCAACUUGGUGGAGUUAAAACCGCUUUAUUGAACAAUGGAGACCAUGGAUUUUGAUGACUACACAUUUGCCAACAAGCCCAGAAAAGGUGAUGGUGUUACAUUUUCAGAAAAUUUUCAGUGGUGGAAGAGACCUUCUGGAGUUGCUGCUGUGUGUCUCGGCCUGCUUUGUGUUCUCUUACUGGCUGGGAUAAUAGGCCUGGUCUUCUACUAUAGAGCAAUUUGUCUUUACUCAUCAGAGGGAGACGAACCCGCUAAUAGUCUCACCAUAAGAAUUAAAGAGAAAGUCCAGCUGCAAAAUAGUCUUACAGAACUGACGUCUGAAAGGGAUGAAUUAAUGAAGAGUCUCAACUCAACGACCACUGAAAGGGACCAGCUGCAGCAUAACCUGAACACAAAGACCAAUGAGAGAGACCAGCUACAGAAUAGUCUCAGUACCAUGACAACUGAAAGACACCAGCUGCAGCAAAGCCUAAACACAAAAACUAAGGAGAAAGACCAGCUACAGAGUAGUCUCAGUACCAUGACAACUGAAAGAGAUCAGCUGCAGAAGAAUCUCAAUACCCGAACCACUGAGAAAAAUCAGUUGCAAGAGAGUCUAACCACAAAGACCAAAGAAAGGGAUCAGCUGGAAAAUAGUCUUAAAGUAUUGACUGCUGAAAGGGAUACACUGAAGAAAAGUCUCAACUCAAGGACCACUGAAAGGGACCAGCUGCAGCACAGCCUGAACACAAAGACUAAGGAGAAAGACCAGCUACAGAGUAGUUUCAGUACCAUGACAACUGAAAGAGACAAGCUGCAGCAAGGCCUAAACACGAAAACUAAAGAGAAAGACCAACUACAGAGUAGUCUCAGUACCAUGACAACUGAAAGAGACCAGCUGCAGAAGAAUCUCAAUACCCGAACCACUGAGAAAAAUCAGUUGCAAGAGAGUCUAACAACAAGGACUAAAGAGAGGGACCAGCUGGAAAAUAGUCUUAACGUAAUUACUGCUGAAAGGGACAAAUUAGAGAACAGUCUCAACUCAAAGAUUAAAGAGAGUGAUCAACUACAGAAUAGCCUGAAUACCACGACAACCGAGAGAGACCAGAUAAAGACCAGGUUGAAUUUAUAUGAGAAACCCUGUCAGGACGGGUGGUUGAAGUUUGGCACCAGUUGUUAUUUUCUCUCCACCACGCUGGACAGCGCUGGGGGAGGUCAGAGGAAAUGCAGACCAAUGGGUGGAGAGCUGGUCAUUAUAAACAGCAAAGAAGAACAGAUAUUUAUCAAUGGUUUUAAGAAGAAUGUUUGGAUUGGUAUGUAUAAAAAAGACAGAGCCUGGAACUGGAUUGGCAACAUGCCAUUUGGUCCUACGUAUUGGAUGCCAGGGGAACCAAAUAACUUGAAUGACGAGAAGACUUGUGUUGAGAUCUCACAAACAUCAUCCGAUCCAUUAAAGAGUUGGAAAGAUGUGCCGUGUGUUGAACAACACUGGGUCUGUGAGAAAGCUGUGCAGUUAUAAUAGCGAC